CACGACUCGUUGUGCGAGUGUCUUGAAGAUAUUAUGACAUGUUUAUGUUAUCUAUAAGUGGCCAAGGAGAAGAUUAAACGAAUAUGGAACAGGAAGUGUGCACCAAUUUCAAAUCCAUAAGAGCAAAGUUCCAGGAGGAGAUCCAGGGCAAAUACAGACCUGUGCUUCCUGAGAAACCCAAACGCCUCCCGACAUACACGGUCAGCUGUUCUGCUCCGAUAACACUGAGCUCAUGUUCAGCUGUGGAGUUCAAAACCCCAAAUCAAGCCCAAUCAGACCCAAAAGCGUACUCGGGAAAACGUCCUAUAUCAUUCCCAAAAACAUUAUCUGAAGUCAGCAGCAGCGGAGAUGGCCAGAACAGACAGUCGCUCAAAAUCCGGCGUUUGCCUCUUGUGUUGCCGGUUUCGGAUGAUUCUUCUGCUCCAGCUCCUCCAAAGGGAGUCAUCUCUCCUCUGAAAUUCAUCAAGAAACCAAUCCCCACGCCUUUCAGUUUGACCAAAGUGUCAGUAUGCACCAAGGAAUAUGGGAAAAACGGGAAAAAUGGUCUGGGGUUAGUAAAACACAGCAGUAUUUUUAAUUCAGAAGAGCCUGCGAAUACAGAAGCCGUUGAUCUCCCCCAGAGUACAGCAUCAAAUUCUGCAUCCCCAUGUGCCAGCUUAGAGAACUCACCGAAUGAAUCGUUGACUGAUUCGUCUUCCAGUAGUGUUACGCAUUUCUUUGACCACCAGCAUGUCUUGAGCACAUUAGAGAAAGCCAAAAGAAAGCUCAACCACAAGAACCUGAUGGUGUGCGGCAGACCAAAGGGCUUCAGCUGUAGUAAAGCUCUAGUGCUUCCUAAUGAGUGUCCGUCGUCUCCUGCGAAGUCUAAAGUCUGUCGUCCAGAGAAUUCUCCAUUGAAGAUUACUGGAAACUCACACUCCUUCAUCACUGCGAUGAAGCUCAGUGGAUUCAUUCGUCCCGAAAGGCAACGCAAAACUCUUCCUGAUCUGACAUCCCUGGGUCCUGUGCCUUUUAAACCAGCUAGACCUCCACAUGUAGACCUCAGCAAAUAUAAAAGCAGAUCUGAUGUCAUUCACACCAACAAUACACUAGCUACCGAAAGUGUUCCCGAGAAUGAGACUUUGACUGUGGGCAAUGCAGCUCUUGAUGAAAGCCUGCCUCCUCCUGAAUUUCCAGAUUUCGAUAUGUCUGCUCCAGAAGCUGCAGACAGUAGUGCCAUAAAUCUGGCGGCUCUGGAAUUAGAGGCGACUGAAAUUUUGGCUUCAGAUUUGUCUCCUCCAGCACCAGCAGCAGAUGAAGACAACAACCUGGAUUCACAGUCUUCAGAGGAGAAGAGAAAUGUUGGGGUUUUGCCGUUGACUACAGAGACGGUGACCUCUGACCUUAGGGUGAACGGAUCACACACUAACGUCAGCUUGAGCAGUGAACAGCAGCGCUCAUCAGAACCAGUCUCUUCUCAGUCGAGACGUUUCCAUGAACCUUUUGACAAUGUUUACGAGGACGUGGAGGCGGUGCCCAAAUUUCCAGUUGCUCAAAGCUCAUUGAAGUAUAAAGGAGCUCCUAAAAAUCCAUAUGCAGAUAACAGCAGUUUGAAAGAAGAAACGUGGAGGACUAUAUGGCACGUGCCUCAGUGGUCGAAUCCAGCUGAAGAUCAAAAUGGACACACUCAGCAUGAUAGAAAGAAGCAGUCGAGCCCAGAUCACCACGAGGAUAAAGAGCAGAAGAAGAAAGAGAAGCAGCGUCUGGAGAAGGAGAAGAAGGAGCAGAAAGAGAAGGAUAAGAAGAGGAAUGAACUGCACAAGAAAUUUAAAAUCACGGGACUGGAAGAGCCCAUGUAUCAUGCCAGAGUGCUGGCGGACAGCAAACUCCGCAAGUACGACCUGCCUGUCAAGAGUGGAGAUCUGAUCAGCAUCAUCCGAACGGUCAACUGCCCCAAGGGGAAAUGGCUGGCCAGAGACGCCAACAACAAAUACGGCUACAUAUCUGUGAUGAAUGUGGAGCUGAACAUUAAGGAGAUGCUGGAGCUUGGAAAAAAGGUUUCGCAGGCGGCUGGACGAGGCCAGACCGAUGGAGAUAACAUCAGUUUCAGCAGCAGGUCCUCACAUCAGAAUCAAAUGUUUACAAGCAGCUUCACUGAUGACAGUGAAGAGUGGAUGUAUGAAGAUGACACUUUCUCUCUGUCAACUGAGAAUUUGAGUCAGAACAGAGCGGCCUCUUUGCCUGAUAUAUUAGAUAGUAACUCUUUCGCUGCUCAUACUUUCAGUGAUUGGAGUAUUGAAGACCACCAUGCACAGGAAGUAGAAAACUUCCAGUUUGCAGACAUCGAUCUCCUUCCACCGCCAGCACUGUACGCGGACUCUCUUUGAGCCUGAGUGACUUUGAUGGUAUGGUCAAAAAAAUCCACAUUUCUUAAGGAAGUUUCAUCUGAAAAAUGAAUAUCUAGCACAAGCCUUUUAACUGAGAAGUCAUCAAAUCAUCAAUUUUCAAAAACAGAGAAAACCAAACUCCCAUUUGGAUGAAAAUCUUGAUGUUUAAAUCUGACUUUAGCAUUGUUAGCAUGUUGUAUGAUGGCUUUAUUAUUUCAUGAAAUGGGUUUGUCGCUAAUCUUCAUAACUGUUCUCAUGAAAAUCUUGACAGUAAGUUCAUUGAAGUGUGUCGUCUCUAAUAUACACCUUUCAGCUGCGUUUGUCUUUUGUGCG